AUGUCCAUUAUAAUAGAGAAGCCUGAGACAGUUAAGAGAAAGGAAAAGAGAAAGAAAGAAGAGAACGGAGGUUGUGGAGGAAAAGCAGGAAGCAGUGAGGAGAGUGUCUUCUUGAGUUUAGCUGACGAUCUCCUCCUCACCCCCCAGUCGGCCACUCGACUGAUCGGACAGAGACUUGAAUUAAACUGUAGCCUAAAUAAAGAGAAAAACUGCAAACGUCCCCAGUUCUUCUGGCGGCACAGACACAUUCAUCUAAACAGCAGUGAAGAAGCGGAAAAGGAUAUUCGAGGUAAAGGACGGUUUUCAAUCAGCACUGAGUCGCUAUCGAGCUCUCUGGUCAUCACGGACUUGAAGGUUACAGAUUCUGGUUACUUCAACUGUUCUGUGCUGUGUAUGACGAUUAAAAAGGAAUUCAUAUGGAAGAGCUCACAACUGGAGAUGAGAGCUGUCCCCAAACUGGACCUCCAUUACCAGACAUCAAGUGAAAACCCCAACAUCCUCCACCUGACCUGCAGUGCUGUGGGCUUUUAUCCUCCCAAUAUAACCCUGUUUUGGGACCACUCACUUCAUGAAGUAACCCACUCCAUUCUGCCAGACAACCCCACACUCCUUCAGGAUGGCACCUACAACAUCAGCUCCAUUCUGCAUGUCAAGACUUCUCUAUGGAGCCCUGGGGAAGAAAUCGGGUGUGUGGUGAACCACAGCUCUCUGACACGGCCACUGAGGAAGAACAUCACACGAGAAGGUGAUUUACAAGAAAAUAAAAACUGGCCCUGGUAUUUUCUCCUUCUUUUUACUUUUCCACUUCUCAUUUGUGCAUUUUUGUCAGUGAAGAGGUGCAGGGCUCAUACAAAAAGAGAUGUGCCUGUGCAUUGUGCUGAAGUGAAAUUUGAAAAGGAGGAUGAGAUCUGCUAUGCUUCAAUUCAGCACACAAAACAAACAAAGCAAGAUAAGAAGAAAGAAAGAUUAUGUGCACAAAAAGCAGACCAGUUCUCACCUGCCAAGAGGAAACAGAAGUCUAGCAUGAACGAGGACACUGUGAACUAUGCCACCUUAAACUUCAGCCACGGCCGGAAAAUUUAAUUCAAUGUAAUUGCGGUGACCUGUAUUCUUAAAAAUUGUGGCCCAACAAAGCUGUAAGAUCUUAGACUCUCUGGGUUGUACGGCUGCUAGGAGAUGCUCUUUGAAAUACCAGGCAGAAACUGUGAGCAAGUACUGUAGAUAUGUAAUGUUUACAACAACUCUAAUAUUGCAUGCCUUAUUUUGAAAAAUAGGGGUACACAUACAAAUCCUGUUUGAGUUACUUCUGGCACAAAACUGAAUUACAAGCUUGAAACUAUAAAAAAGAAAAAAAAAAUACUAUAAAUACCAAAAGCACCCUUGUAUCUUCUUAAUAUGUAGAUCCACAGUGAUGCAAGUAAGGACUGUUUUGAUUUUAUUUGCAAAAAUUUAAUAUAUAGCAAUAACCCAGAUAAAUCAAAUAAUACAUGAACAUAAAGCUUUGAUUGAAUUGCCCAUUUUCACAAAUAUUCAAAUAUCAAAGUCAUUUUUUAUUAGACAAUUUCCAUAAUGCACAUCACCUCCUGGAGAACUGUACACAUCAUUCAUUUAAAAUAUAAGAGGAAAAGGUUUAAUAAGAGCAUCUUGGAAUUUAAAGUGUAUUCAAUGAAUAAUAUAAGACUGUCUGUUUAAAAUAAUUUUAAUUAGCUAAAAAAAAAAAUAUCCGGUAGCAAUAAUUAUAACCCCACUUAGCCACAAUCUAAUCAAAACCAAAAUGGUGUACCAAUCAAUUUCUACUCAUAAAAUGAAUGAGUGAACAUAAAAGGCAAGUUGCAAAAUGAAUUUCAGCUAUUCUAGGAAAAGGAAUAGGGAUGAAAUAAAAUAAAAUAAAAAUUAGCCAAGGUUGAAUGAUAAAAGACUAAGAAAC